CGCGGCCGCGCUCACACACGGACACGGACGCGGCUCCACCUCACCUUCAUCGUCUCUUCUUCUUCCCUCUCGCCGUCGCUAUUUAGAUCGGAAAUCCCUCACCCCGGCUAAGCAGCAACCACUUGCUUGACCGAUCCAUCCACCGCCAUGUCGAUGCUGGACGCGUUCUUCGGCAAGGGCGGCGGCGCCGGCGCCGGCGGAGCGUUCCGCGGCGCCAAGUGCAAGACGCUGCUGAAGCUGUCGAUCCCGCGGAUCAAGCUGCUGCGGAACCGGCGGGAGCUGCAGCUGCGCCAGAUGCGGCGGGACAUCGCCAAGCUACUCGAGGCAGGACAGGAGGCCACCGCCAGGAUCAGGGUGGAGCACAUCAUCCGGGAGGAGAACAUGAUGGCGGCGCAGGAGAUCCUCGAGCUCUUCUGCGAGCUUGUUGCUGUUCGCCUGCCCAUCAUCGAGACGCAAAAAGAAUGUCCUAUAGAUCUCAAAGAGGCAAUAUCCAGCAUCUGUUUUGCUGCUCCAAGGUGUGCAGAUCUGCCUGAACUGAUGCAAGUCCAAGUGAUGUUUGCAACUAAAUACGGUAAAGAAUUUGUUGCUGCAGCUGCAGAGCUUAUGCCAGAUUGUGGGGUCAACCGGCAGAUAAUUGAACUACUUUCUAUCCGUCCUCCUCCUGUUGAUGUGAAGAUGAAACUUCUGAAGGAGAUUGCUGAAGAGCAUGAGAUUGAUUGGGAUCCAUCAGCCACAGAGACGGAAUAUCUUAAACCACAUGAAGAUCUAUUGAAUGGACCAACCUACUUCAGUGGUUCCACGCUUCCUCUUCCAAAGGAGAAGCACGAGGAAACAGUAUCUGCAACUGCUGCGGAUCAACCUGAUGAAGAGUACGAGUCUGAUUGCGAAUUUGACUCACUGGAUUUGCCAGAAGUCCCAAAAGCAGCAGUACGCCCGGCUCCUGAUGCUCCAUCAGAUAUUGGCCCACAUGUACAAAGCUCCCAGUCAGCUGCUCAUGAAUUCUCAAACACACCUGACUUGGAAGAUAAUCCAACAGCUGAUGCUGCGUUCUAUAAUGAUUUGAAAAGUAAAGAACCCCCAGUUCCUUCACCGUUUGUUCUGCCAAGUAUGCCAGCUUUGCCAAAUGAAAAGAAGCAAUAUGUUCCUUUUGCUUCUCCGUCACCAUUUGCUGCUGCUUCUCCGCUGGAGAAAAAUGAUUCAAUUCCGUUACGUCCUCUAUCUCCUCCAGUGAAGCCAACAGAGCAAGAAAUUUUCACAAGGAAAAUUGAUGAAGUGACCCCACCCCAAACACUUCCUGAUUUCAACAUGUUCUCAGAACAUUCAGAAAAGGUGCACUCGGUCUCUCAUAAAGAGAGUGGAGCAAAUAUUGAUUUGGAUGAUGUGCUUUCGGCUGCUCAGACAGCUGCUGAAUCAGCAGAGCGAGCUGCAUCAGCAGCCCGUGCUGCCGCAAACCUUGCGCAGCUACGCAUUGCGGAUCUAAAGAAGAAUUCUCGGGUUUAUGAGAGCUAUAGUGACGGGGCCCAAAAGGAAACCCAUCAUCAAGCUGAGGUGACACAGAAACCAGUAUUUGAUCAUCAGGACUCCUUUUCCAAUGAUAUAGAGGGUUACACACCUUCUCAUGUGCCUCAGAGGUCACCAUCGUUAGAGGACGAUCCAUAUUUCUCCUACCCCAACCUGUUCUCAUCGAAACCAUGAGAGCGAAAACUAGUUGUCUGCAAAUUAUUUCUUGCCUUGUUUGUUCCCCUAGUAUGUGUCUGUUUCACAGAAAAUUACGUGUAUGCUGAGUUGAUAUGAAAAGGAGGCUGCGGCAGAUUUACUAGGUUAAUGCCCUGUGUCUGUAAAUUGUAAAUGUGUGGUUGUUGUAUGCCAUUUCCGAACUUCCUCGAACCUCUACAGGAAAUAAUACUGGAUUUUUAGUUCAUGUUCAUCU